GUUUCAUUAGGCCAAAAUUCAGGAAAAGGAAACUUCUGAGAAACCGAAACUGCUGGAGAAAGGGCAGACCCGCAGAGCUCUCUCCAUCCUCUGCCCUCCACUGCUGCUUUAGCUCGGCACCAUGAACCACACUUCUCAAGCCUUCAUUACCUCUGCCAGUGGGGGACAACCCCCAAACUACGAAAGAAUCAAGGAAGAAUAUGAGGUGGCUGAGCUGGGGGCGCCCCAUGGAGCUGCUUCUGUCAGAACGACUGUGAUCAACAUGCCCAGAGAGGUCUCCGUGCCGGACCAUGUGGUCUGGUCCCUGUUCAAUACCCUCUUCAUGAACUUCUGCUGCCUGGGCUUCAUUGCUUAUGCCUACUCUGUGAAGUCUAGGGACCGGAAGAUGGUGGGUGAUGUGACUGGAGCCCAAGCCUACGCCUCCACUGCCAAGUGCCUGAACAUCAGCUCCCUGGUCCUCAGCGUCCUCACGGUGGUUGCCAUGAUUGUUAUUGUGGUCAUCGUUGCUCUUAAUGCUCGCAGUUUUUAGCCUUACUAGAGGAUUCGGCUUCUGGUCCUGAUGCACUCCACCAUCCGCAGCUGCAUGCCCCCUUUCCCCCCUGCCCCUCCCUACACGCAGGUGCCACACUCACUUAUCAAGCCACAGUGGAUUCAAUAAAGUGCACUUGAGAGCCACCA